AUGUAUUACCUGAAGCUGCCCGUGUUCCUUCUCGUGCCUCUCGUGCUGCUGCCAUGUGUCGCCACCCUCCCUAGCAACAGGUACUUCACCUCAUCUAGGGAGCAAGAAAGCGCGCUACCGGACAGAGAAGGCUGGCUCGUGCCCGGGAUCGUCUCCAACCACUACCUUGGCCUCAUUGGCGCGCGGCUCCAGAGAGGGCUCACAUCUGUCAACAGCCACCACAUAGAGAAAAGGAAGUGCAACACGGCUACCUGUGUAACCCAGCGACUGGCCGACUUCCUGACCCGCUCCAGCAACACCAUCGGCACGGUGUACGCCCCCACCAACGUAGGCUCCAGCGCCUACGGGAAACGGGAUCUACUGCAGCCUCCCAGCUAUAUGCCUCUCUAG